UGUUUUAUUUUAUCCGAGUUAUUCCGAGACGACCUCGGCUCGUGACUGACAAUGGCUACCUUUGGUGCCGCGAAUACGAACCCUAAUAAAUCCUUUGAGGUUACUCCAUCACCCGCAGAUUCUAUCUCCAGCUUAAGUUUUAGUCCAAGAGCCGAUAUUCUUGUCGCCACUUCUUGGGACAACCAGGUGAGGUGUUGGGAAAUAUCUCGUAGUGGAAACUCUCUAGCUACUGCUCCUAAAGCAUCCAUAUCCCAUGAUCAGCCCGUCUUGUGUUCUGCUUGGAAAGAUGAUGGAACCACAGUCUUUAGUGGAGGAUGUGAUAAGCAAGCUAAAAUGUGGCCCUUGUUGUCCGGUGGUCAACCUGUAACUGUUGCUAUGCACGAUGCUCCUAUUGUUGACAUGGCCUGGAUCCCCGGAAUGAAUCUCCUCGUUACUGGUAGCUGGGAUAAGACAUUGAAAUAUUGGGAUACGAGGCAGCAAACUCCUGUGCACACACAACAGCUUCCAGAUAAAUGCUAUUCAUUGUCUGUGAAACAUCCUCUGUUGGUUGUCGGAACUGCAGAUAGGAAUCUCAUUGUCUUCAACUUGCAAAAUCCUCAGACGGAGUUCAAGAGAAUCGUGUCACCACUCAAGUACCAGACGAGGUGUGUUACUGCCUUCCCUGAUCAGCAAGGCUUUUUGGUUGGUUCAGUUGAGGGGCGGGUUGGCGUCCAUCAUCUGGAUGAUUCUCAACAGAACAAAAACUUCACAUUCAAAUGCCACAGAGAUGGGAAUGACAUCUAUUCUGUCAACGCUCUGAACUUCCACCCAGUCCAUGGCACUUUUGCCACUGCUGGAUCAGAUGGGGCCUUCAAUUUCUGGGACAAGGAUAGUAAGCAAAGGCUCAAGGCCAUGUCAAGGUGCAAUCAACCUAUUACUUGCAGUUCGUUUAGUCACGAUGGGUCUAUAUAUGCAUAUGCGUCGUGCUACGACUGGAACAAAGGUGCAGAGAAUCACAACCCGGCAACGGCGAAAAGCAGUAUUUUCUUGCACAUGCCACAGGAAAGCGAGGUUAAGGCGAAGCCAAGAGUAGCCAGCGGCAGAAAAUGAGAUUUACUAAUUGUUUUUUAGUGCGUGAUUUAUUCUUCUUCCCUUGAGUGGAUGGAUGAUUCUUUUAGCUUUGGUUCUGGACGUUUAAGUAUUAGACAGUCUCUUUCUUUCCGCUCAAGUAAAUCAAAUCCUCCGGCUGUCUUGGAUGUUUCUUCUAAAUCAAUUAGACAAACAUUAUAGGCA